GUAUUUUUGGCUGAAUACACAGGAUCUCUGCUAAUAUACCUCCUCUUUUAUUUGAGGAUCCCAUGUAUAUAUGAUGGAAAAGAGAGUGCUAGAAGAUUUCGCCACCCAGUGGUACACUUGGCUUGCUUCUGUCAUUGUAUACACUACAUCCGAUACCUUUUGGAAACCUUAUUUGUUCACAAAGUUUCUGCAGGGCACACACCUUUGAAAAAUUUGAUAACAAGUUGUGCCUUUUACUGGGGAUUUACUUCUUGGAUUGCCUACUACAUUAAUCAUCCACUGUAUACACCACCAUCAUUUGGAAACAGGCAAAUCACAGUAUCUGCUAUCAAUUUUCUGGUCAUAAAUCACCCACCACACUUUGCAAGGAGCUCUCACAUGACUCUCUCUUGCUUUCUCUCUCUCUACAUAUCUUUAGUUAAUAGUUUCAGUGAGUAUGUCCUCCAGUGCGUUGGCUUUGAAAAGGACAGAUCUUGUUUUUGUCUUGUCAGCAUAUAGUUUGGCAUAGCAGGAACUCAUUAUUUGUUUGAAUAAAUGGCACAGAGUAUUUAUGUAUUUGGAAUUUCUUCAACAAUUUGUUGAAAAUAUAUCACAGCCUUGUGAUUUCCAAUAGUGCAUACUGUUCAAGGAGAGGAAUUCUGUGGUUCAUGUGUUGUAACAGCGUUAUGCAAAGUUGUACACAGUGUACUACAACUCCUCUUGUAUUAAGACUAAUGU